CCAUGCCAGUCUCGCUGCAUCACGGAAGCCUCCUCGACGCCUAGGAUUAUCAGGUUCUCCAGGCGGUAUUACAGGCUGCUGCAAUGGGGCUUGGAGUAUUGAAGUUACUGGUGUUAACAGCAAUUCUGCUACAUCCAUCAAGAUGUACGAGGUUAAAGGUGACCGGCUUUCGGGCGACGGAGAAGCAGGUGUUGGACGACAUUCUAGGACGUUACGACGCUCGUAUCCGGCCAAACGGAGAAAACGCAACAGAAAAUGGGCCGACAAAAGUGAAGGUCAACAUCUAUCUCCGCUCUAUCAGCAAAAUAAAUGAUUAUAAGAUGGAGUAUUCUGUACAGUUAACAUUCCGAGAACAAUGGCUGGAUGACCGAUUGCUAUUCGACGAUUUUAACGGUCGUUUGAAAUAUUUAACGUUGACGGACGCGAGUCGUGUUUGGAUGCCGGAUCUGUUCUUCUCGAACGAGAAAGAGGGACAUUUUCACAAUAUUAUUAUGCCGAACGUGUACAUUCGUAUCUAUCCAAAUGGCUCUGUUCUAUACAGUAUAAGGAUAUCCUUGACACUAGCGUGCCCGAUGAAUUUAAAAUUGUACCCCUUGGAUCGACAAAUUUGUUCAUUGCGAAUGGCCAGCUACGGUUGGACGACAGAUGAUUUGGUGUUUCUCUGGAAGGAAGGGGAUCCUGUCCAGGUUGUGAAGAAUUUACACCUACCACGGUUCACGUUGGAGAAGUUUCUUACCGAUUAUUGUAACAGCAAAACGAACACCGGCGAAUACAGCUGUCUAAAAGUGGACCUGCUCUUCAAGAGAGAAUUCAGCUACUACCUUAUCCAGAUCUACAUUCCGUGCUGCAUGCUUGUCAUCGUGUCCUGGGUGUCGUUCUGGCUCGACCAGAGCGCUGUGCCGGCUCGUGUCUCGUUAGGUGUGACAACGCUGCUGACGAUGGCCACGCAGACGUCAGGAAUAAACGCCUCACUGCCACCAGUCUCUUAUACAAAGGCUAUCGAUAUAUGGACUGGCGUAUGCCUGACCUUCGUGUUCGGGGCACUGCUAGAGUUUGCCCUGGUAAAUUACGCGUCGCGGAGCGACAUGCACAGCGAUAACAUACGGAAAAAGUUUCCACCGUCGGAGGCCGAACAGGCGAUCGAUAUGUCCUGCGAUCAAGUCGAGCCCGAUAACUCGUCGAAUUUCGCUAUGGCCGGAUAUGAUGGACCACUUCAACAUUCUCUACAGAAACCUCUGGUCCGGCAACCGGAGGACACCAUGUCGGUGGAUAGGAUGCAGCACUGCGAAUUACAUAUGCAACCACGAAAAAAAAACUGCUGCAGGUCGUGGCUGUCCAAGUUCCCGACGAGGUCCAAGCGCAUCGACGUCAUAUCGCGGAUCUUCUUCCCCAUCGUAUUCGCUUUCUUCAACCUCGCGUACUGGUCCACGUACCUGUUCCGGGAAGAGACGGGGGGCGAGUAAACAUCGCUGAGGAGACGCUUGGAUCAAGGAACAUGGCACGCGGCCCUUCCCAUCAUCAUCACCAUCACCACCAACACUACAGAACAUCAUCGUCAUCAUCACAUCGUCCACGUCCACGACACCAUCACCACCACCAUCACUACCACCAUCGUCACGUGAGUCUACAUCAGCAGUCACAGCCGGAGGAUGACGAAGAGGAGGAAGACGCUGAGGAGGAGGAUGAGGAGGAGGAGGA